AUGAGCUCCACAACCAACCAGAACAAGCAGCAGACGAUCAAGAUCGUGGCCUUUGCCGGCUCAGUCCGCGAGGCUUCCGCCAACGCCGGGCUCAUCCGCGCCGCCCAGGGCCUCGCCCGCUCAAUUCCUCACGUCGAGUUCCGAGUCGUGACCCACCUCGUCGGCCAGUUGCCGCUCUUCGACUCUGACCUCGAGGCCGCCGAGGGCUUCACCGGCGCCGUGAGCGAGUGGCGUGAGGCCCUGCGGGCAGCCGACGCGCUGCUCAUCGCCACGCCCGAGUACAACUACUCGGUGCCGGGCCCGCUCAAGAACGCCAUCGACUGGGCCUCGCGGCCCGACGACGCCACCUACUCGUCCUUCCCGGCGGCCAACAAGCCCGUGGCCAUCAUGGGCGCCGGCGGCGCGAUGGGCACCAGCCGGGCUCAGUACCACCUGCGGCAGGUGGGCGUGUUCCUGGAUUGGCACUUUGUCAACAAGCCCGAGGUCAACGUCAACCUGUGGGGCGGCAAGCCCAUCAGCGACGGCGCCACGGGCGACCUGGUGGACGACGCCACGCGGCUCCAGGUCAAGGCCCUGCUCGACGCCCUGAUCCAGUGGACCACCCGCCUGCGCACAACCACCACAACCACCGCCGCCGACGACCAGGCCGUGGCGGAAGAGGAGUCGAAAGCGUCAGGUCUGUUGCGGGGGUGGAGCAAGGCGGACCUUAAGGCGGCGCUCAAGGAGCAGAAGAAGCGGGAGAGGGCCGAGAAGAAGGCGCACCGGAAGGCAGCCGCCCACGCCUGA